CUCGAGUUUUGCCCUUCAAUGUAGGAGAAGAAAACACAAGCGCGAGGUGCUCGCGGAGGCGCGCAGACACCGAGCGGCUCGGGUUGAGUCUAUAAGGUUCUCAUGUGUUGUUUAAGAGCGCAGCGCUGCUCGGGCGACACUCAUCUUUGAACUCAGCGUUUGAUAGACUGCAAAUCCGCUCUGGAAAAUGGCAGAAACCGCUCCAGCCCCGGCCGCUGCCGCCCCGUCGGCCAAAGCGCCCAAGAAGAAGUCCGCCGCAAAAGCCAAGAAAGCAGGUCCAGGCGUCGGUGAGCUGAUCCUCAAAGCCGUGUCCGCGUCCAAGGAGAGGAGCGGCGUGUCGCUCGCCGCCCUGAAGAAAGCUCUCGCCGCCGGCGGCUACGACGUGGAGAAGAACAACUCCCGCGUCAAGCUCGCCAUCAAGAGCCUGGUGACUAAAGGCGCCCUGCUGCAGGUCAAAGGGACCGGCGCCUCCGGCUCCUUCAAGAUAAGCAAGAAGCAAACCGAGACCAAGAAGAAACCGGCGAAGAAAGCGGCUCCCAAAGCGAAGAAGCCCGCGGCCAAGAAACCCGCUGCAGCCAAGAAACCCAAGAGCGCAGCGGCAAAGAAGCCCGCCGCUAAGAAAUCGCCCAAGAAGGCCAAGAAACCCGCCGCUGCAGCCGCCAAGAAGGCGACGAAGAGCCCCAAGAAGGCGAAGAAGCUGGCCGCACCCAAGAAAGCAGCCAAGAGCCCCAAAAAAGCCAAGGCUGCCAAACCCAAGGCAGCAAAGCCAAAAGCUGCCAAGCCCAAAAGGCAGCCCCCAAGAAGAAAUAAAUAUCAUCUGUUUUAUCCCCCAAAGGCUCUUUUGAGAGCCACCCACUUACUCCAAAGAAAGAGCAAAAGAUCCGCAGUUUGA